UGCCCCGAGCCCUUCUUGAUUGGAAGGCGCGCCUGGGAGUCCGGUCCUUGGCGCCGUAGUGGUUAGGUUGAGGCCCUAGGCGUGGGGGAGAACUGGGGAAACUGGAAUUUCCCGCGGAGCUGACAGCGCUUGCGCUCCCCCUACUCGUUGUAAUUCCACGCGCUCCAAAAUAUCCGCCAUGGAGAAAUCUUGGCCAGGAUGUCCAUUCUAGGCCCACCGGUGCUGUCUUGCUGAAGGUUGGGUCAGGCAUCUAAAGGGACUGUGGUAAGGGAGGGUGUGACACAGGUGUAAGCUGCCAUCGUCAUCAUGAACUUUGAGGGUCUGGACCCUGGACUGGCAGAGUAUGCCCCAGCCAUGCAUUCUGCCCUGGACCCUGUCCUGGAUGCCCACCUGAACCCAAGUCUGCUACAGAAUGUGGAGCUGGACCCAGAGGGAGUGGCCUUGGAGGCUCUUCCCGUCCAGGAAUCAGUGCACAUAAUGGAAGGUGUCUACUCUGAAUUGCACAGCGUGGUGGCUGAAGUGGGUGUACCUGUCUCUGUCUCCCACUUUGACUUGCACGAGGAGAUGCUGUGGGUGGGGAGCCACGGGGGCCAUGCCACUUCCUUUUUUGGCCCAGCCUUGGAGCGCUACUCAUCCUUUCAAGUCAAUGGCAGUGAUGAUAUUCGGCAGAUCCAGAGCCUGGAGAAUGGUAUCCUUUUUCUCACCAAGAACAAUCUCAAGUACAUGGCCCGUGGGGGCCUCAUUAUAUUUGAUUACCUGCUAGAUGAGAAUGAGGAUAUGCACAGUCUCCUACUGACUGACAGCAGCACUCUACUCGUUGGUGGGCUGCAGAAUCACAUACUAGAGAUUGAUCUUAACACUGUCCAGGAGACUCAGAAGUAUGCAGUAGAGACGCCUGGAGUCACCAUCAUGAGACAGACAAAUCGCUUCUUCUUCUGCGGCCACACGUCUGGCAAGGUUUCCCUGAGAGAUCUCCGUACUUUUAAGGUGGAACAUGAGUUUGAUGCCUUCUCAGGAAGUCUUUCAGAUUUUGAUGUGCAUGGCAACCUGCUAGCUGCCUGCGGCUUCUCCAGCCGCCUCACUGGCCUGGCCUGCGACCGUUUCCUCAAGGUGUAUGAUUUGCGCAUGAUGCGUGCCAUCACACCACUUCAAGUACAUGUGGAUCCUGCCUUCUUGCGCUUCAUUCCUACAUAUACUUCUCGUCUUGCUAUCAUCUCUCAGUCAGGGCAGUGCCAGUUCUGUGAACCCACAGGCCUAGCCAACCCAGCAGAUAUCUUUCAUGUGAAUCCUGUGGGGCCUCUGCUAAUGACAUUUGACGUGUCAGCCAGCAAGCAGGCCCUGGCCUUUGGGGAUUCUGAGGGCUGUGUGCACCUCUGGACUGAUUCCCCGGAGCCUUCCUUCAACCCCUACUCCCGUGAGACUGAGUUUGCUUUGCCGUGUCUCGUGGACUCACUGCCUCCUCUGGACUGGAGCCAGGACCUGCUGCCUCUUUCCCUCAUCCCUGUCCCACUCACCACUGACACACUUCUCUCUGACUGGCCUGCUGCCAACUCUGCUCCAGCUCCCAGGCGAGCACCACCUGUGGAUGCAGAGAUUCUGCGCACCAUGAAGAAGGUGGGCUUCAUUGGCUACGCACCCAAUCCUCGCACCAAGCUGCGCAAUCAGAUACCUUACAGACUCAAGGAGUCAGACAGUGAAUUUGACAGCUUCAGCCAGGUCACUGAGUCACCAGUAGGACGAGAAGAGGAGCCACAUCUCCACAUGGUUUCUAAGAAAUACCGCAAGGUGACCAUCAAAUAUUCCAAGCUAGGACUGGAGGACUUUGACUUCAAACACUACAAUAAGACCUUGUUUGCUGGAUUAGAGCCCCACAUCCCCAACGCCUACUGUAACUGCAUGAUCCAGGUGCUCUAUUUCCUGGAGCCUGUACGCUGUCUAAUUCAAAACCACCUUUGCCAGAAGGAGUUCUGUCUGGCAUGUGAGCUGGGCUUCCUCUUUCACAUGUUGGACCUCUCUCGUGGUGACCCUUGCCAGGGCAGUAAUUUUCUUCGGGCAUUCCGUACUAUUCCUGAGGCCUCAGCCCUUGGUCUGAUCCUGGCUGACUCAGAUGAGGCUUCAGGCAAGGGCAAUCUGGCCAGGCUCAUUCAGAGGUGGAAUCGCUUCAUUCUCACUCAACUGCAUCAAGAUAUGCAGGAGCUGGAAGUACCACAGGCUUAUCGAGGUGCUGGAGGCAGCAGCUUUUGCUCAUCGGGGGACUCUGUUAUUGGGCAGCUCUUCAGCUGUGAGAUGGAGAACUGCAGCCUCUGCCGCUGUGGCAGUGAGACCGUGCGAGCCUCAUCCACCCUGCUUUUCACACUCUCCUACCCUGAUGAUAAAAUUGGGAAGAACUAUGACUUUGCUCAGGUGCUGAAGCGAAGCAUCUGCCUGGACCAGAAUACACAGGCCUGGUGUGACAACUGUGAAAAGUACCAGCCCACGAUUCAGACCCGCAACAUCCGCCAUCUGCCAGAUAUUCUCGUCAUCAAUUGUGAGGUGAACAGCUCAAAAGAGGCUGAUUUCUGGAGAAUGCAGGCUGAGGUUGCCUUCAAGAUGGCAGUAAAGAAACAUGGUGGGGAAAUCUCCAAGAACAAGGAGUUUGCUUUGGCUGAUUGGAAGGAACUAGGGAGUCCAGAGGGUGUGCUGGUAUGUCCCUCCAUUGAGGAGUUGAAGAACGUCUGGCUUCCUUUCUCCAUUCGCAUGAAGAUGACCAAGAACAAAGGGCUGGAUGUUUGCAAUUGGACUGAUGGGGAUGAGAUGCAGUGGGGCCCAGCCAGGGCAGAGGAGGAGCAUGGUGUCUAUGUGUAUGACCUGAUGGCUACUGUGGUACACAUCCUGGACUCACGCACAGGGGGCAGCCUGGUGGCUCACAUCAAAGUUGGAGAGACCUACCACCAGCGCAAGGAGGGCGUUACUCACCAGCAGUGGUAUCUGUUCAAUGACUUUCUUAUUGAACCUAUUGAUAAGCAUGAAGCUGUGCAGUUUGACAUGAAUUGGAAAGUACCUGCAAUCCUUUAUUAUGUCAAACGGAAUCUCAAUUCCAGAUACAACCUGAACAUCAAGAACCCCAUUGAGGCAAGUGUCUUGCUGGCUGAAGCCUCGCUGGCACGGAAGCAGCGGAAAACACAUACUACCUUUAUUCCACUGAUGCUGAAUGAGAUGCCACAGAUUGGGGACCUGGUGGGUCUGGAUGCUGAGUUUGUCACCCUUAAUGAGGAGGAAGCAGAGUUACGCAGUGAUGGUACCAAGUCUACCAUUAAACCAAGUCAGAUGUCAGUAGCCAGGAUUACCUGUGUUCGGGGCCAGGGACCUAAUGAGGGUAUCCCCUUCAUUGAUGACUACAUCUCUACCCAGGAGCAGGUGGUGGAUUACUUGACUCAAUACUCGGGUAUAAAGCCUGGUGACCUCGAUGCCAAAAUUUCCUCCAAGCACCUAACAACUCUCAAGUCUACCUACUUAAAACUUCGUUUUCUCAUUGACAUUGGAGUCAAGUUUGUGGGUCAUGGCCUGCAGAAGGACUUCCGGGUCAUCAACCUGAUGGUUUGGCAGGGCUCUUUUAAGAGUCUUCUUGUGCCCAAGGACCAAGUCCUUGACACUGUCUACCUGUUCCACAUGCCCCGAAAACGAAUGAUUUCCCUGCGAUUCCUUGCUUGGUACUUUCUGGACCUGAAGAUUCAAGCGGAAACCCAUGACAGUAUUGAGGAUGCACGCACAGCCCUUCAGCUCUACCGAAAGUAUCUGGAGCUAAGCAAAAAUGGCACUGAGCCUGAGUCUUUCCACAAGGUGCUCAAGGGUCUUUAUGAGAAGGGCCGAAAGAUGGACUGGAAGGUGCCUGAGCCUGAGGGCCAAACAAGUCCCAAGAAUGCACCUGUCUUCUCCUCAGUGCUGGCGCUCUGACUACCCUUCGCAAAGAACCACUGCCCUCUCCCUUUACUGUUCUAUAGCCCCAGAACUGGGAGAUGGCUUCCUUAGUUGGCUAUACCUUGUCCACUUCCAGUACUGGACGUGCUCAGGGUCUAGGGUCUCAGAUGGUGCUAUUAAUAGAACUGGAACACAGCAGAAUUGUUGCAAAGGUUCUAGGAGCCAGAUUCAUUCCUUCUUCAUCCUUUGCAAAACAAUGGUACAGAAACGGAGUCUAGAAUUGACCCAGAUAGAAAGUAAUUGGUAUUCUUAAUAUUCUGGGUCACUAAUAUCCAGGCAGAGAAGCUCCUGGAACCAUAAUUCUCAGUUCCUAGCUGGCUAGGGAUUGAAGUCCUGGACAAUGACAGAGGAUACCACAGUAGUUCAAGACUUAGCACAAGUCACCAACUGCUUCAGGGAUGCCUGGAGGGGCCAACAAGUAGAGUGUUGGUGGCCCAAGCAAACCAGUAUUGCCAAUACCAUUUCCAAAAGGGCCUUUGGAUCCUGGACAAAGCUUGGCUGCUGGCUUCAUUUAUUCCUGCUGAUGGCUGAGAAGCAUCUGUCUUCCAUCCCACUGUCCUGUCCCAAGUUUUGUUCCGUUUUUUAAAAAUUUGUUGUAAACUGCAUGUUUUAUAAAAUAAAAACAAAAUAUCGUUUGUCAUUUAUCUCACUAGGGAACUGCUAGUGUGGGUUCUCUGGCUUCAGUCUUCCUCUCCUUCCUUUGAAGGUAAAGGUCCGGAAUCCAAAGUUAUGGAUAUGAAAGGGUAUAAUUAGGCCAGGCACAGUGGGUCACUUCUGUAAUCCCAGCACUUUGGGAGGCCGAGGUGGGUGGAUCACGAGGUCAGGAGUUCAAGACCAGCAUGACGAAGAUGGUGAAACCCCCCUAUCUACUAAAAAUACAAAAAUUAGCCGGGCGUGGUGGAUGGCGACUGUAAUCCUAGCUGAGGCAGAGAAUUGCUGGAACCCAGAAGGCGGAGGUUACAGUGAGCCGAGAUUACGCCACUGUACGCCAGCCUGGGCGAUAGGGCGAGACUCCGUCUCAACAAAAGGAAAAAAAAGGUAUAAUUAUGCCUUUUCUGGGCAAUGCUGGGUCUUUGCUGUAGCUGCCCAGUACCCUACGUCAGACUGAAGAUGUACAGUAUGGUUUCCCCGUUAAUUGUGUAAGCCGACAAACUACAGGUCCCAGGAUAGCUUGAGACCUGUAGUUGCUCACAAAGAUGGGUCUGGUGCUGCUGUGCUUCCUGGGAGAUGUAGUUUCCUGUGUAUUGAAACCUGGGCUGCUCGCUGGCCUGCAGAGCACCGUUUUGAAGGUCCUAGCCCACCUGGGUUGGCUCACGCGCACGACUAGCCGCUCCCAUACAGUACACCCGGCCUCUGUUGUCUUUUAAGGCCACUCCUGUCCUACGGCUGACCCCUGGAGGUCACGUGGAGCUGCUCGCCACGCAAGUCUGGGUCCUUCAGCGAUUGACCGGGGUCCUUGCUGUCCGGGAGCCUCGCCCAAGCUGCCUGUUCGCGCGAGAGUUUGGAGGGGCGGGUUUGGGGUCGGUGUCUGAUUGGGGCUCGCACCGCAGCACGCUCGAGCCCCGCUUAGGUACCAGCUAGCGCCACAGGAGCUGGGUCAGGCGGUCGCCGGGACACCCCGUGUGUGGCAAGAGGCGAAGCGCUCUGGAGGAUUCCGGACAGCCCUGCUCCCCGCAGCCAGGUGUAGUUUCGGGAGCCACUGGAGCCAAAGUGAGAGUCCAGCGGUCUUCCAGCGCUUGGGCCACGGAGGCGGCCCUGGGAGCAGAGGUGGAGCGACCCCAUUACGCUAAAGAUGAAAGGCUGGGGUUGGCUGGCCCUGCUUCUGGGGGCCCUGCUGGGAACCGCCUGGGCUCGGAGGAGCCAGGAUCUCCACUGUGGAGCGUGCAGGGCUCUGGUGGAUGAACUAGAAUGGGAAAUUGCCCAGGUGGACCCCAAGAAGACCAUUCAGAUGGGAUCUUUCCGGAUCAAUCCAGAUGGCAGCCAGUCAGUGGUGGAGGUAACUGUUACUGUUCCCCCAAACAAAGUAGCUCACUCUGGCUUUGGAUGACAAUUCGACGGCUUAAAAACGACCUUGGUUUAAUAGAAAUGAAGAAAACAGACUCAGAGAGAUAGCUAAAAGAUUUGGCUCUGUCUCAUUUGGAAGAGGCUGCAGGCUUAUUCCCCAUGCACUUGCUUCCUGGCUCCAAACCUUAAUACUUUGUUUCUGCUGUAGAAUUUGUUAGCAAACAGGGAGUGCCUUUUCCACGUCCACAUGACUCUUUUUUACUGUAGCACUGUGGUAUACAUACAAACGUCCAUUCAAAAUCUGAGUCAGAGCUAAAAA